AUGUCGCGCGGUGGCAGAGGAGGUGGCCGCGGCGGGCGCGGGGGUCGCCAAGGCCCCCAGCUAUCAUGGGACAACGGCGAACACGCACCCGACACACGACCUUCAGAGCUCUUUCCCGCCUACGCAAUUCCGACAGCAAAACCCGUCACAGACCACGAACAGGCAAACGUCAACGCCUUCCUCCUCUUCCGCCGCCAAUUCCAGGACGGACCCCUCUACACCCGCAAGCGCACCUGGGGCAUGGACCCGACAAACACCCGCAAGUUCUACGGCCAGGAACAAGUCAACGCCAAGUACGGCGUGCGCACCCGCGCCACGGCCGACCCUUUUAACGCCGUACCGACCUACUCGCAGAAAUUCACACGCCCGGAGCGCGCCCUCCCCGAUUUCGGCGGACGGCCGUUUUGUAAAGAGUUUUUCCCGCUGGAGCUGCAUGAGACGCUUGACGGGGACGAU